CAGUUUGGCCCAUAUUAACUGUGAGGUUGUAGAAGGCGAUGUUAAAGGUCACAACUACCAACCUGGUGACGUUAUGACUACGAAAAACAGACGCUUCUGGAAUGUUGUUCAGCUUGGAGAUGACUGGAAACUGCUGGAUGCGUACAUGGCAUCGCGACAGUACAAAUGGAGGCAUAUAAUUCAUCAACACAUGGUAGUUUCAAUGGACGACAAUGAAAAUGUCAAACGAGAUGAGGACUGCAUGAAUAUUGGGUACUACUUUUUCACGGAAGCUCCAGAAUUUAUUACCACUCACUUCCCCUAUGACUCCAAAUGGCAGUUACUGACUCGACAAAUCACCGCCUUUGAAUUUGAAACACUUGCUUACGUCACCCCUCAUUUCUACUUUAUGGGGUGGCAACUUAUGUCGCAUCAAAAAUGUGCAAUUCACACAGACACUGGUGAAAUUGAUAUCGUUAUUCAAACUCCUAGUAAUGAGUCCCAGAAGUAUUGGAUUAACCUUAGUGCAAUAUCUAGUAAUACUGAAAAUGUUGAAACUCUAGAAAGACACGUCUUUGUGGACAGAAAUAGAACAUCUGGAGUUCUCAAAUGCUCGAUUUCAUUACCAAAAAGUGGAGAAUAUAAAUUAAACGUAUAUGGAAAAACGGAAAUGAGUCAACUUGAGCUCUGCGUAGCUUAUAAACUUCAUAACGAUGCCAUUGAUGCGGACAUUAAAGCCCAUACACUAUGUGUAGCUAAUGAACUUCGAUUCUGGGGACCAUGUUUUGAAACAGACAAUCUUAACAUAAAUCCGCUUGGUAAAGCACAGACCAGCCGCAUAAAUGAAAAAGACGGAUUAGUUCAAAUGGAAUUCAGUCUUGCCAAUGAUAUGCCUUUAGACUUUACACAUGAGCUAAUCAGUGCAACAGACACAGGUGAAACAAAUAUACACCAUCAAUAUUCGGUUCAUGAAGUUCGAAAGAACGCUCUCGCAAUAUUUUACGUACAGCUUCCUUUUUGUGGGAAGUUUGCCUUUCGCAUAUUCGCAAAGCAGAAACUAUCACAGGGCGCACUGCCUUUAAUCUGCUGUUAUUUGAUCUCCUGUGAUGACCCAGCCAUUUCACAUUUACCAUUUCCAAAGUUUGCUAACGGUAGGGUUGGUAUAACCGAUGAGGGAACGCUGUUGGGGACGCAAAUACUAGCGUUUGAUACACCAAUUAUAUCGAACGAAUCAGGUGUGAUGGAAAUAGAAAUCAAAACUAACCCAAAUUGUAUUAUAUCGGCAUCUAUGAAACUUUCCAAAAACCAAAAUAUGGAAAAUGGAAUAAAAACUCAUAACGCCGUCGAUAAAGAGCCAACAAUAGAAAAUGGAGCUACUGCUCAUAUCAAAGAUUCCAAUCAUACUAAAAUGGACGAGUUUACAUUUAUUAAAUAUGUAGAUGAAGAUGGAGAAAACGGUACUAGACUCAAAGUUGGAUUAAGGUGUCCAUUGGCGGGCCAAUACCAUUUGGCUCUGUAUGGGUACGAAGAUGCACAAACACCAAGGAUGAGUAUUCCAAACGUGUGUAAUUUUGUUAUCAACUCAACAACAAACCACCCCGAACUGGCACCAUUUCCGAAAUGUCUGGCGAGCUGGGGAAAGGACUUUGAGCUACUUUGCCCAACCCAUGGGAUGUUCUACAAAGAUCAAACCAUACCAGUGGUACUAAGGGUACCAAAUGCUACUGCGGUAGCGUUGUCAGGGCAACGUUGGGUAGAUAUGGUAAACGUUGUUGGGACUACCGACUUAUGGUUAGAACAGAUCAGAAUAGAUGGAGAAGGGGAUGUUACCGUAUGUGCCAAACUUGGUGACUCUGAAGAAUAUAAAGGCCUGCUUAAGUUCAAGGUAGGGCCGUGCUCAACACAACCUUGUGUGACAUUCUUUCUUACCUUUCGCACUGAUUUCAUUGCUACAAUUUUGUUUCUCCUAUUUGGGCAUUGUGCUUGACUAUUUCUUUCAUUUACGGUAACAGGGUUAAUGUAUCAAUGUACGUGUACUGGUAUUUCAUUUCCUUCGAAGGUGUCUGGCGAACCUGUUGAUCAUGAUGAACAAAUAUUGGAGAGCAUUGGACAUGAGUUCGAAAAAGCUAAAGAAAUCAUCAAAGUAGAACAAAGGGAAUACAUGGAGCAAAGAGCAACUGAGGCACAAAAUGAAAUAGAAAAUGAACAGGACGUCGAGAUAGAUACAGAAAAGGUUGAGGAAAACAAGAAUGACGAACUAGACGAGUCAGU